AGCUGGAGCUUCCAGACUGAGAGCUCCUCCACCAAAAUCGCAAAUCGCAAUCGCAUCAUGACAAGCUACCUUGUCGCCGAGACUUGUCACCGCCAACCCUCACUCUGUUUGUUCAAGACCUAUAUACACCCGCCCCACAAAUCUCAACAAUGGCAGAUCAACAACAACCUCCUCUCCCAGAAGCCACAAAUGGCCUUGUCAACCCAUCAAUCGACACCCCCAUGACCGAUGCGCCAUCAGCCCCACUCCCUCCCAAGCAGCAGCAGCAGCAACAGCAACAACAGCAACCCCCUCCGCUUCCCCACAGCAGCACCCCAACACCCCGAACAACCACCCCAAUCCCUCUCCCCCACAUCCCAGGCUUCACCGCGCCAGCAACAGCCUCCAACUCGCGCGCAACCUCCGUUCACCCACCAGAACAACAAGCUACUGUCCCCCCUCCAACCAACACCACCGCUCAAACAACUACCAUCCCGAUGCCCUCUGAACCCCCUCUCCACGGCGCGCCAGUUAGGCAGUACAUCAACUCCAAGAUCACGGGUGUUUUGCUGGAGGGUAUGAAGCUCGUUGCCAGGGAGCAACCAAAAGACCCAUUGAGAGUCCUGGGGGAGUAUCUCCUCCAGAGAAGCAACGUGAUUGAGCAGCAGGGAGGGCAAAAGGGGGAGUAGAAUUUCUUCGCGAUGUCACCGACCGCGCUGUAAGAAAUGCGAAAAUAAGAGGCGACUGCGGGAAAUGGGCAAGGUUCACUUCAUGAAGAGGAAAAGGCGGCUAUGGACGGGAAAUAUGGCGUUCGGGCGAAUGGUCAUUGCAAUUUCUAACAUAGGAGACACCGAAUUGGCAUUUGGACUGCAGCAAUGAAAAGCAAAGCAUUGCGACGUGUUAUCAUCAAGGUUGACUUCGGCAUGGCACAUGCAAUUCAGACACCACACUUGACAUGAUAUGAACUUGGAUACCCUCCUGUGCAAUUCGCAGUUUGUAUAAAAAGAUCUAGCCGUGAAAUGCAAGUUUCCUUUCCAUUCCCCGUGACUCCCCGACUCCGUAUGGCCGUGUGGUUUACCAAACCUGCAAAAGAUACACAAGGGGUAUUUGUUAUUUUCCCAACCAAGAGAUCCAUAUCACCACCCAAUACCACCUCACCGAGAGGUUCAACUCUCCUCGGCUCGGCCGUAAU